AUGUCCAACCCGGAUUUCCAGCGCACCGACUAUCUGAAUCUUCUGGCCUCGUUACAGCCGGAGCAAGCCGUAAACAUCCUCAAUGACCGCGUCACACUCAUCACCAAAAUCAACAGUGACAUUGCCGAUUGGCUUCAGGAACGUCGGAAGGUAGAGGAAGCCUACGUCGCAGGUCUGCGGAAGCUUGCACGACGGCAACAGCAAGAUGGAGCCGCUGCUCUUGGCAUUUUCCAGAUGCCCUGGCAGCGCAUUGUGUCUGGUACCGAAAACCUUGCGGCUUCGCACGAAACUCUAGCGACCAAGAUCGAAACCGACGUCGAGAACCCCCUGCGCAAUUGGGCGACACGAAACAAGGCACUCCAUAACUUAAACACCGCGCAGGGAACCCUGACCUCGAUCGCAAAAGAACUGUCCAACGCACAAAGAAAGGCUGCAAAAGGUGGAAGAAGGGCCGACACAGCUAGUACCACGGUGGAGGACGCCUCGCGUCAGUGGGAAGCUCAGGCACCAUAUGUCUUUGAGCAGUUGCAAGUCGUGGAUGAGUUACGAGUCAACCAUCUGCGAGACGUCCUCACACAGUUCCAAACACAUGAGGUGGACUGCAUCGAAAAGAACAAGGUCAGCGCGGAAUCGUGUCUGAAUGCACUACUCAAUGUCGAGACCGCGGACGAAAUCAAGACCUUUGCAGCGAGAGCCGCGAGUGGGGGACCCAGUACUCUGCGAAGGCUCAGUUCCGCGACAGCUGGUGGGAGACCGACCAGCUCUUCCCUUCGUCCUCCACCAACGCCGCCGCCUCCUCGUGGCACGUCUGAUGGUCACCGCUCAAAUUCUUUUGCCGGCCAAGACAGACUGGCGCCCCUACCCGAUGCCACACCGCACAAAGAGAAGAGCAAACUGGGUGGCCUCAAGCGACUUGGUACCGUCAUGAAUAGAAGAAAGAGCGUUGCUCCGCCAGUGCCUCCCACGGAAGAGAAAAGGAGAACGCGAUUUGUGCCCUUUAGAAGAGGGGAUUCAUCACGAAGCUUUCAGGAUCUAGAAGAGUCAGGACCGGAUCUUACGCCAGCCGUGACCCAAGAAAGGCCAACGUCUUCAGUUUCCCAGGACCGGCGGCACGAUGUUCCCAUUCGCGAUAUGUCAGAGCCACCUCUCCCUCUACCGCUAACAAAUGGAACCACCCAUCCACAGUCUUCCGAAUCACAGUCGUCUGUUGCUCAAACGCAAUCUGGCGUGACAGACAGCAUCAGCCCAAUACCAGCUCCGCUUAGCAACAACCCCUACCAACAAGUUGUAUCCCCUCAACCACCUGUUGCUGAGUCCAUGAACCCGAUCACCCAGGCUCAACAAGAGGCCGCCUUGGCUUCUCCCCCUUCAGACGAACCGGCUCGCAAUUUCAUGAUCCGGGAUAAGCCAAUUGAAGAGGACGAGAGCGAGGCUCAGCUAGCAAUGAACAAUAUGGCCAAUCAGCUACGCUCUCAAGCGCAAACUGCCGGCAUUAACCGUGUCCAAGGCAGUGUACGUGGACGAAGAGAUGUGCGGAACACGAUGUACGUCCCGAACACCAAGGACGUCCUCCCUCAGACAGGUCGCAGUCCUGCGCCUGUGACGAUACCAGAAAACGCCACCUCGCCCGAGGCCACCCUCGCAUCACCCCUUCAACGGCCGCCACCUGUGGGGGUUUUGCACGACGAUCAUGGUGCAAUGGGUUCCGACACCGCCUCAAUGCACUCAUCUAGGAGUUUGGCUGGGCCGAGUUUACAUCCAGAUCUGCACGAGCCUGGCCUCAACGCGUCUGUGGUCGAAACAGUACACUCCUGGUUUAACGAAGCCGGCAUCAGCAGGUCUUUCGUGCUCGGCGAAGUGGCACUCGCCUGCAAUUCGACGGGCGCGAACGAUGCAGAUACGGAAACCAUUCGCAUUCAACAUUUCGAACUGCUGGAUAAGGUGGCCGCGAAUCCCAUAUUCAUGAGCCAGAUCAAAUCGCCUGAAGACUCGACAGCUCAAGCUGAGGAACGAGCGGGCUGCUAUUCCGUGCUUGCCUCCUCUUUGAGGCGACCGACGCCCAUGAUCUGUUUGAAGUACCAAUUGCACAUGGAAGAGAACCACCUGGCUCAAUAUAGUCCUGUCUUGAUCACGCCGGCAUGGCAAAUUGUCGAGGGACAAGUGAGCGUGAUUGUGCUGUACAGCCUCAACCCCAUCUUUGGUAGCGAGCCAGUGACACUCAGAAAUGUGAGUAUCAGUGUGAGUCUCGAUACGACCGAUACGACUGGGGAAGGAACCGCCAAAGCUGUGUCUGCCAUGAUGGCGCCAACCCAAGGAGCAACUUUCCGGCGCAAGACAUCGUCAGUGGUGUGGCGCAUGAACGAAUUCACCGUCAAACCCGAGCAAGAGCGUCUUCUUGUUAGGUUUAUGACCCAAGGCGGCUUGGCCAAAAAGGGUGGCGUUGAGCUGAAAUUUGAGCUUCCUGGACGAACGGCAAGUGGUAUUGGGGUGGAGAAGCUCGUGGCAAAGGAAAAUGACCCCUUUGCUGAUGAUGGAGGGGCGGUAGAGGAUGGAGAGGCGGUGAAGCAGAGCUGGGAGACGGUGCCGACCAAGACAAAGCUGGUCAGUGGACGGUACACUGCCUGCUGA